GACGUCUAAAUACACCGCACCUACCAAUGUACGGCCCUAUAGGAGCAAACCCGGUAAAGAACAAGGCGGGGGCACUGCUAUCUUUCUGCUGAGAUCUUGUCAAUCAGAUAAAAUGAUCAUCUACAAGGACAUAAUCUCUGGGGAUGAAAUGUUCUCAGACAUUUACAAGAUCACAGAAUCGCCAAAUGGAAUUUUGUAUGAAGUAGAGGGAAAGGUGCGUCCACAUUGAAAGUAGCUGUAUACUAUGAUCAGCAGGACGGAGGGCAUCGAUGACAGUCUGCUCGGGGCUAACGCCUCGGCAGAGGUGCAGGACGAUGGCUGUGAGAACAGCACAGUCAGCGGGGUGGACAUCAUCCUGAACCACAAGCUGCAGGAGACCCCCUUCGAUAAGAACUCCUACAAGGCCUACAUCAAGGAGUACAUGAAGGCGAUCAAGUCCAAGCUGGAUGAGACCAACCCAGAGAGGGUCAAGCCCUUCAUGACGGGAGCUCAAGAAGAGGUGAAGAACAUCAUGGGCAACAUCAAGAACUACCAGUUCUUUACAGGGGAGUCGAUGAACCCUGAGGGUAUGAUAGGCCUGCUGGAUUACCGUGAGGAUGGCACCACCCCCUACAUGAUCUUCUUCAAAGACGGCCUUGACAUUGAGAAAUGCUAACAUCCCGAGGACCACUGCUUUUCUAUUGGAGGAUGCUUCUAGAUUCCGGACCGACCAGACCACUCUUUUACACAAUGUUUGCAAUGCAAGUUUAUUUUCAAUUACUUAUUUAAUUGGUCCUCCAUGUCAGCGCUGACUUAUUAAACCCACAGUCUGUAUUACUGAUUAAUGAUUGAUUAUAGUAUUGGAUAGAAUUGGGUGUUUGCAGUGUGCAGGUCAAGGCCAAAGCAAAGGAUGGUUCAGAUUGAAACAUUGAAUAGAACAAACAUGAUACUCUGCCAUGCAGAAUAAGUAGUCACUGCCUUUCUGUUCUGCACAUUUCUCUCUCCGACGUUUACAGUGUCAUGGCUGGAUGAUCAAAUAGUGAAUUCUCUCAGGCCUCCAUCAGCUGGGUUCUAAGUUCUGUAAGAUCACUGGUUCUCAACUGGUGUGUCCUGACCCAAAAUCGCCCAUAUGGCCAUCGUUCGCUAAAUUACGCUGACAAAGAAAUUGACCGAGGGAAGCCCGUCUUGGUGUUGAGAUGACCGAGUAUCCCUCCAACGAUGCAAUCAAAAUCAUCAUACCAUAUAACACAACCCAUCUUUGUUAGUGGCUUUUCAGCUCUGUUCCAGCUAAAGACUAAAUACAGGAACAGAAUGGACAUUGAACACAAACUGAGUGGCUUUGUCGAUCAUCACGCCAGACAUUGAAAUACUGCACUAUUGUUUUGUGAAAUAAAUGACAAUGGUUCCGAAAAAUAAUAGUUGUGGUUGUGACUUAAUGACUAAGGACAAAAUAUAGGGCUAGGUCAGUUGAGAACCACUGUUAGCAAUUCACUUCAUUGACCCAGAAGGAAAUAUAACAUGAUCCCAGGAUAGCUUUGGAUUUCUUGAUUUCAGUGUGAAAAUAAAAGUAACAUUGAAUUAA